AUAUGCGCAGGACUGUCUUUGACGACCAACAGCUUCAAACCAGAGUUAAUGAAACCUCACAAAACCUCAAAAAACCUCAGAAGUCCUCUUACCAAUCUCAUAUUCUUUCAUCUAGACCAAACCUUCUCUUACUAUCCCCAUGCACUCAACAGCCCGUCACAUCGCAAAGAAGAUUGCAACCCACCCCGAGACCAAGUCCUUUGUAACGUCUAUCCAGAGAAACAUGGCGUCCGGCACUCCGUCCGAAACCGCAAAGGCCCAGGCCAACGUUGAGGCCAGCACGCCCACCUUUGAGUCCGUCGGCAUCAAGAACAGCCAUGUUGUCGAAAAGUCCGGGGUAUCACUGUCCCAGCAGCAGAGACUCCUGGUCGGCAGCGUGCUAGAUGUAUGUAUCACCCUUUCCCUACGCGAGUAAUUCCCUAAUUAUCGGCUAAUUACCCCCGAAAGCUCUUUGAGGGCAACCCUACCCUGAAACACCUGUCUUUGUGGUCCAAAACGGCUACGUUCCAGGAUGUCGGAUUGGAAGUCCAAUUCGACCUCGAGGCAAGGGGCCCGCGCAGGGGCCACUUACAGACCAUACUUACGAGAUCUACGGUCU